CUUGGUAGAAAAAUGACAACUGUUUGUUGACAAUGUCUGGUGGAGCAUUUUCAAUAGAUGACGCGUUUGAUUCGGAUGAUGAUGACAAGAUUCGACUGUAUGGAUCGACCAAGGAAACGGCUCCUUUGAGGACGGGACCAAAGAUUCGCCCUCAAAAUGAUGAAGAUGAACAUUCCAAAAAAUCCACAAAUUCAAAAGAAUCAAGAACAAGAGACGCUGGGAAUUCCAAGCUAGCUACAACACGUUCUACACAUUCCUUGUCAAGUACAUGGUCGGACGACACACGGGUAUCAACAAGGUCCUUCUCUGAUGGCAGCAGAUGGUGGCGACAUCCUAAGAUCAGAGACAACUGUAGGGUAGUGGCCGGAUCUAUCGCCCUCACAAUAAUUGGACUAGCACUUGUUGUCACUGGUGUUGCAAUUACCAUAUCUGAACAGAGAGGAUGGCACAGUCUGGUUUUCUUUAUUGGUGGUUUCCUGUGUGUAAUACCUGGAGUGUACCAUGUGGUGUAUAUAUACCUGGCCGUGACCCAGAGAGCUGGCUACAAUCUCUAUAACUUACCGGUGUUUAAAUGACCUCACGUCAAAACUUCACCCCAACUUAGUCCGGAAGUGUUCAACACAAACCGGGGAACAAUCAAACCCACACUGAUGUUGCCUUGCACAAGUUCCUGUACUGAAUGUGGUCUCACUCCGAAGGAAUUACACUGCCAGAUUACACAGAAUAGGCUGAAUAUUCAAUAGAAUCAUCAGAUUCUCUUUCAGAGAAACCUUGUCAUCCACAUUUUAUAGUCUUUAAACAAGAACAUUCAGUUCUUUUUGUUUCAUUUUACAGGUCAUUUUCUAUGUCAUUGAAAUGACAGUAUUUUGAAAAUAUUGGAAUAGAAAAAUAUGUGCAUUAAUAAAUUCCCGGUAGUCCAAUUUCUUUGAUCUUUAAAAUGGAGACACUGUAAACCAGGAAAUUCUUACCCUGUCAAAGUCUCACAGCCUGAUGUUAAUUUCACCCAGUCAAACUCUCACAGCCCGACAUUAAUUUCACCCAGUCAAACUCUCACAGCCCAACUUUAAUUUCACCCAGUCAAACUCUCACACUUCUUGAGUAAAGUCUACAUCAGCCCAACGCUAAUUUCACCCAGUCAAAUUCUGACACUUUUCGAGUAAAGUCUACAUCAGCCCGACGUUAACUUCACCCAGUCAAACUCUCGCACUUCUCGAGUAAAAUCUACAUCAGUCCGACGAUAAUUUUACCCAGUCAAACUCUCACACUUCUCAGUAAAAUCUACAUCAGCCCGACGUUAAUUACACCCAAUCAAACUCUCACACUUCUCAGUAAAAUCUACAUCAGCCCAACGCUAAUUUCACUUUUCCCAUGUAACUUCUGUCAGAAUAUAAUCGGCUUCAUUAUGGCGACAAAAAGGCAAAAAGAUAACAAAUGGCAAAAAUUUCUUGGUAUACAGCAAUAUCUAUAGAAUAACAACGUUUUACAAUUUCUCCUGGAUGUUUUGAAUUGAAACUAAGACAAAAUGUAUUCAAAUAUCAAAAUACUCAAUAAUGUCCCUAAUAGUGUCCAGUUGAGUGAUAUAAAUGUGUGUUCUCUGAUGUCUAUAGACUUGUACAGUAUUGAGAUAUAUUAGUGUAUAUAUGGAGGAGUUCUAUGGGCCUGUUGUGUAUGUAAUUAAUUGUGUGUGAAAACUACCUGUGCAAUAUAGUAAUUUAUGAUGUAAGAGAGUGACCUUAUAAAAAACUAGGUGGAAUUUCUAUACUAGUAACCUAAUCACCUACAAUAAAAUAUUUACAAUAUGGGUAAGUUCACUUAUAUGCAACAUUACAGGGAUAAGAAAUAACCUAUAUAAGUGGAUCAUGGGAUAAUUUCUACAGGAUUCGAUGAGUCUAUAACCUAUGAGUUAGGUUUGUCCCGGAGUAUAGCUUCAGUAUUAUGCUUAUAAAUGAGGGAUGUACAUUUGUUCUAUUUUAUGUACAACUUAGCCUGACCCAUAACUUUAUACUAAGGAAUAUAAAUAAACCUGUAAACCUCAUUCUAUAGGGUGUAAGUAAGCUUAUAUAACAUUGUUCUACAGGAUGUAAGUAAGCUUAUAUAACAUUGUUCUAUAGGAUGUCAGUAAGCCUAUGUAACAUUGUUUUAUGCGAUGUAAGUUAACCUACAUUACUUUGUUCUGUGGGAACUAGUUUACACAGAAAUGGUGUGAUCAACUGAUAUUGCUCUUGAUGUGUGUGUUUACCAGUAUAACUCUGUUUAAGGAAAACAAAAACUCUGCAAUAUUAAUAAAUAUUGUUCUUCAUUCUUUAAAUCAAUGAUUUUCUAUCCAUAUAGAAAAUAUUAUACUAACAUGUAUUAUCCCAUCAGAUAUUUAUUGCCCAUUGAAAUGUCAAACAGGUUGAUUCCGUUACUAGGAUGUGUCUCACCUGGAGAUGAUACCCACCUGUCGAUACACUGUUAUGUUGUGAUUAGUUUAUUAAGGAUAUAUUAGGUUGAUAUUUGUAAAUACAUCUGUAUAUAAAUGUUUUAGGUUGUGUAAAUAUGUGUUUUUACGAAGGUGAGAUGAUAAUAUGUUUAAUAUGACAAUAAAACCUUACUAAUCUGACAUCUUGGGGGGGCUACAAUAAAAAACUUUUUAAUAUGACAUCCAGCUACAAAACCGGUAGGAUAUGACAUUCUAUAAUAAAAACUUUUUUAUUAGUCAUCUUGCAAAAAAACCUUUGUAAUCUGACAUCCUACAAUAUAACCUUAAUAAUCUGACAUCCUUCAAACAAAACCUUUGUUAUCUGACCUAAACAAAACCUUUGUAAUCUGACCUAAACAAAACCUUUGUAAGCUGACCUCCAAAACAAAACCUUCAUAAUAUGACAUCUUUUGAACAAAACCUUUGUUAUCUGACAUCCUACAGUGAAACCUCUGUAAUAUGACAUCCACAAACUAAUCCUUUGUAAUUUGUCAUCCUAUAAUAAAUAAUAAACCCUUUGUAAUCUGUCAUCC